CCGAUAUUAGCCUCAGGGUUUUCCGUUAUCGCGCCGGAUUCUGCCGGCUCGGCUACCUAAUCCACGUUCCCUAUCGCCACGCACCAUGCUUAAGAAGAAAAGAGGGAAGGAGGGCAAUGCCGCGAAGUACACGACGCGCAAUCAGGCGCUCGUGCGCCUGCAACUCAAACUAGCGGACUUCAGGCGGUUGUGCAUCCUCAAGGGCAUUCACCCGCGCGAGCCCAAGAAGAAGACCAAGGGGGCGCACAAGACGUACUACCAUGUCAAGGACAUCAACUUCCUCGCCCACGAGCCUCUCUUGGAGCUGCAACGGGAGCUGCGCGCGCAACGGAAGAAGAUCCGCAAGGCCAAGGGGCGGCUGGAGACGGAGAAGGUGGAGCGGCUUGAGAGGAGUCUGCCACGUGUCAGUCUGGACCACCUCGUGAAGGAGAGGUACCCGUCGUUCAUCGACGCCCUCAGGGAUCUGGACGACGCGCUCACCAUGCUGCACCUGUUCGCCACGCUGCCCGCUGACGCCACGUUCCGCAUCCCCGCCAAGCGAGUCAACAACGCGCGCAGGUUGUCCCUGGAAUGGCAGGCGUAUGUCACUCGCACGCACGCCCUGCGGAAAGUGUUUAUCUCUGUUAAAGGCAUCUACUACCAGGCGGAGGUGGUGGGGCAGCAGGUGACGUGGCUGGUGCCACAUCAGCUGAUGCAGGUCAUGCCCACCGACGUGGACUUCCGAGUCAUGCUCACGUUUCUGGAAUUCUACGAGACCCUCAUGGGCUUUGUCAACUUCAAGCUGUACCACGAGUUGCGGCUCGCCUACCCUCCGAAGCUCGACCCUCGCCUCGAGAAGGCUGCAGCAGACCUGUAUGCCGUGAUGCGCAAGCUGGCAGAGGCGGCGGCAGCAGCCAAGCUGCGGAGAGAGAGGAAAGCUAUUAAGGCCGCAGCUGCUGCUUCUGCUGUGCUUCUUGGUGCUCCUGCUGAUGCUGCUGGUGCUGUGGAGGGCAGUGCUGGAUAUACCGCAGAGGAGGGGGGAGAGGAGGAGAAGGCAGAGGGAGGGGAAGCCGACGAGGCAGCAGCAGAAGCAGCAGAGAAGCCACCAGUCGACCCAGAGAAGGAAGCGACUGAGAAGCUUCCAGUGCUGCGAAAGCAGGCGACAGCAUCGCGCAUGGCGUCCCUCCAGAGCCGGCUAGCCGCCAUGGAGGCAGUAGCACGCGCACAGGGGGGGGAGGGGAGGGACGAGAAGGACGAGGAGGAAGUGGAGGGUGCGGGGCGGAAAGGGAGGGGGGAGGCGGAGGAGGAGGAGGGGGAUGAGGACGAUGAGGAGACGAGGGUGUGUCGGCGGUUGUUCCGCGGGCUGGUGUUCUUUCUUGGGAGAGAGGUACCCAGGGAGCCGCUGCUGUUUGUGAUUCGGGCGUUUGGCGGCAAGGCCAGCUGGGAAGGCGAGGGGGCUCCUGCCCCUGAGACUGACGAGUCUAUCACGCACCAGGUGGUGGACCGCCCCCAGCAGAAGCACCGCAUCCUAUCCCGGGAGUACGUCCAGCCGCAGUGGAUCUUCGACUGCGCCAAUGCCCGCAUCCUCCUGCCCUCCGCGCCCUACGCCCCUGGCCUUGUGCCACCGCCUCAUCUCUCCCCCUUCGUGAACCACGAGGAGGAGGGCUAUCUGCCCGACUAUGCCGCGGCGAUCCAACGGCUGAAAGAAGCCGCAGCGGCCCGAGAUGCAGCCACACACAAGGGGACGAUGGGGGGGAUGCUAGGUGGGGGAGGGGCGCCACUGCUGGAGCUGGAAGGGGCGCAUGAAGUGCGGAUGAGUGGCGAGGGGAGCGUGGCGGUGGGGGGAGGGGAGGAUGAGGUGAAAGCGGAGGAAGCAGCCAUGGCUGCCAAGAUCGCAGAGGUUGCAGCUGAAGAGAAAGCCUAUGCUGCUGAUCUGGCUAAGGAGCUCUCAGGUGUUCCCUUCUCGGCGUCUCUGGUACAAGACAAAGGGGGCAAAGAGGGAGAGGAGGGUGGAGAGGAGGAGGAGGACGAGAAAGAGGAGGCAGGAGAGGAGGGCGAGGGAGGAGAGUCAGAGGAGGAGGAGGCGGAGGAUGAGGAGGGUGCGGAAGGAGAGGAGGAGAAGCAAGGAGCAGUGCAAGCAGCAGCAGGGGCGGAUGGGGAGGAUGGGGGCAAGGCGAUGGCGCGCAUGCUCAUGUCGCGCAAGAGGCGGGGGCUGUAUGACGCCAUGCAGAUGGGGCGCGCUAAGAAGGCCGCCGGCGUGGCUCUGCUGCAUGAACGCCGGCUUAAGGCCGCCGCUGCUGCUGGUGGUGCCAAGGGUGAUGCUGCCGGUGGUGGUGCUGCUGGUUCUGGUGCUGGUAAGAAGGGAGGGCAGCAGGCGAAGAAGGGAAAGCAGGAGAAGAAGAGCUGGCGAUGAGAAGGAGAUCGCUCUUGCUGGAACAGGGAUAAAAAAGCUGGUUUUGCCGGAUCUUACCUGCUCACUACUGCAAUGGAAAUAUUCGUUGGAGAUUAUUGCCUUCCAGUUCUGGGGUUAAUGUUGGGCGCGGUUGGCCACGUAGGGCAAAUGUCAUGCUGGAAUGGUUGAUUGACACACAUCAAUCACUGACUCCAGUGGACUCACUGUUACAUCAAUAACUGACGGAUUACAUCACUGAAAUGUGCAUCAGAUUGC